CCCCACCCCACCCCAACUCCCCCACCCACCCUAACUCAUACGAGUGAGGAUUUCUCCAGCUGGAGUUUAGCCCCAAAAUGGUGAAAGACACCGCUAAAUAUGAAAUUUAUUCUUUGAAAUUUUUUCUAGUUGGGUUUUUGCAUCCUCAUUCGAUGGCUGAUACAUGUUUUUGCUCAUAGUUUUGCUUCUUGUUAUUUUCUCUACUGGUUUUUCGAUCUAGACCGUUGGUUUUGUUCAAUUUCUUCAGAUCCGAACGGUGUUCAUUUUCAUUGGCUGUCAGUUAUGUUGGACUUGGCAAAGCUACUCUUCUUCCCCCGUUAUGCCAAGGUAUCAGAGAGGGGCCAAUCUUUGACGCUGAAGUAUUUAACCAUCUUAUUUUAUCUCUUGUGCGUAACAAAUGCCGAGUUGCUUGUUAAGCCAUUGGAACAACAGCCCAUCUCUCCAGUCAACAAACCUGUUGAAGCACCUGGCUUACCCGAUCUGCUCCUGCCGGCGAGUGUACCUGCAUUUCAUAGGCAACAUAGAAAACAUUUUCCUUCUGGUGCACCACGGCUUUGGCUAGGCCCUGCCCAGCCUCCUGAUUAUGGUCCUUUAGUAACUGCUGCAAACCCUCCUUCCAGUUCACGCUUGUCCAAGCCAUCAAUGAAGAAAAGUGGAUUGGUGCCUCCUAGUGCUGGCCUUGCACCUCCCCGUUCAGCAGAGAUUGCUCCAACACAAUCCAGUCCUAGUACUCUACCCGCUGGUUUGGCUCAGCCACCACUUUCCCCUCACACUUCCAACUGUUGUGGACCAGAUAUGGUGCUCAAACGAGGAAGCCAGGACUGCCAGUGUGUUUACCCAUUAAAGAUCGACCUUCUCCUCUUGAAUGUCUCAUCAAAUCCAAAUUGGAAACUGUUUCUGAAUGAAUUUGCUUCACAAUUAAGUUUAAAGGUUUCUCAAAUUGAGCUAAUUAACUUUUACCUGGUGGAUCUAUCAAAGCUAAAUAUAUCCAUGGAUAUCACACCAGAUAAGGGAAUUAGCGUAUCAUCUGCUGAAGCCUUUGCAAUAAACUCUUCGUUGUCAAUGCAUAAGAUCCAUCUAGAUCCAGCACUAGUGGGUGGAUAUCAAUUGCUCAACAUUACCUGGUUUAAGCCUCCAGUUUCAGCACAAGCUCCACGUUCUGCUAUGUCACCCGUUGAAGCAGCUCCGCGGCUGCCUUCAGCUCCUGCAGUAACAGUGUCUUCGAACAAAAGGAGACAUCCAAGUUUAAUUCUUAUUGUUGGGAUUGUUGCUGGCAUCUUAAUCAUCACUAUCAUAUCAACACUCUUUAUUUGUUUCUGUGGAUCUAAUCAAAGACAGAAGAAAAGACCCCACAAAGAAACUGCAAGACCGAUACGUACGGACGCUGUUCCAGCUGAGGGAUCAUUUCCCCAUCCAACUAGUACACGGUUCCUUCCAUAUGAAGAACUGAAAGAAGCUACAAAUAACUUUGCACCAUCUAGUAUACUUGGAGAGGGCGGCUUUGGCAGAGUUUUCAAGGGUGUGCUGAGUGAUGGUACUGCUGUUGCAAUAAAAAGACUUACUAGUGGAGGCCAACAAGGAGGUAAAGAGUUUCUAGUUGAGGUUGAGAUGCUUAGUAGGCUGCAUCACCGUAAUCUGGUGAAACUUAUUGGUUACUAUAGCAGUCGUGAGUCCUCACAGAACCUACUGUGUUAUGAGCUUGUUCCAAAUGGGAGUUUGGAGGCUUGGCUUCAUGGCCCUUUAGGAUUAAACUGCCCACUGGAUUGGGACACAAGAAUGAAAAUUGCGCUUGAUGCAGCGAGAGGACUUGCAUAUUUGCACGAAGAUUCUCAACCUUGUGUUAUCCAUAGAGAUUUUAAGGCAUCAAAUAUAUUGCUUGAGAACAAUUUUAAUGCCAAAGUUGCUGAUUUUGGCCUUGCAAAACAGGCCCCGGAAGGCCAGGCGAAUUACCUCUCGACUCGUGUUAUGGGCACAUUUGGGUAUGUAGCCCCUGAAUAUGCCAUGACUGGGCACCUACUCGUAAAAAGUGAUGUGUACAGCUAUGGGGUUGUUCUCCUUGAAUUGUUGACAGGAAAAAAGCCUGUAGAUAUGUCACAACCAUCUGGACAGGAAAAUCUUGUUACUUGGGCCAGACCAAUACUUAGAGACAAGGAUCGUUUGGAAGAACUUGCUGAUCUAAGGCUUGAGGGAAAGUACCCAAAGGAGGAUUUUGUGCGGGUUUGUACAAUUGCAGCGGCUUGUGUUGCUCCGGAAGCUAGCCAACGGCCUACAAUGGGAGAAGUGGUUCAAUCUCUCAAAAUGGUUCAGCGGGUAACUGAGUACCAGGAUACUAAUAUAAAUUCAGGCACUCGACCUAACAUAAGGCAGUCAUCUACAACAUUUGAAUCAGAUGGUACCUCGUCUAUGUUUUCUUCUGGUCCUUACUCUGGUUUGAGUGUGUUCGAGAAUGACGUAUCUCGGGCAACUGUAUUCUCAGAAGAUCUCCAUGAAGGAAGAUGAACAUUAUUGGGAUGGCCUUCCAAUGCUUCAAACACUCUGAUCUUCAAUCGUAAUGCAAGCAAAAUGGGAAAAUUUGAAGUGGGUUGGCAGAAGUGAGACCCUGCACAGUGGAUCUGGCAAUGCUUUGGAAAAUCUAUUGGUUUGCUUCAUCCCCUGUAGAGAGCCCAUUGUUCAAUUUUUCCUGUAUGGCCAUUCUCUACUUGUUGGAUGAGAGCCUGUAUAUAUGUAUCGGUUGAUAUUUGAUGGCAGUGGUUCAGUUGAAGGGGGGUGAAAGUUGAAUUUCUUUUUCUUAAGUUUCUUUAUCUGUGUGAUGCCCCUUGUGUAAAUUCCUCCUUAUCCUCAAAUUCUAUAACUUUUAAGGACUGUAUCACUUAUCAUGGAUUCUCCUUACAAUAUCCUGGAUAACAGAGCAAAACUCAACUGGAUAAAGAAUUGUUUUAGGGUGUUAGUGAGAACCAGUAUUUUGAGAUUGAAAAAGUAGUGGUACAGUACCUUGAGUUUGUAAAACUAUGACCACUUAUUUCAUGGAAAAAUAUGUUUUUUGAAGUGCCA